AUGGUAAUAUCGAGCGGCAUUGAAUCGCUGAAUGGACGGCCUGCGACCUGCAAUCUGAAUAUUAGCUUCAUCAUUGGCCCUCUUCACACGUCGCCUGGAUUACUAGCCAGUUCAAUCACAGAAAACGACCUGAGGUCCUUCCGCGACGGUUAUGCCCUCACGUUCAUGGAGGGGGAAGGCUUCCACAAGUGGCUCGGUUCCUUGGGUCGCUCUUGGAACUAUCGAUGUGAAGAUGUUGCGGACUGCCUUCAAGUUGACUCAAAGCACAGUGCUGUGUUAGUUGAACUUGCCGUGAUAAGCAUUAAUGCCGCCUUCUUGCUUAGGGGUUCAUUUUUAACAGGGGAUCAAAAUUUGAAGCAAGCUGGGUGUGACGGCAAGAUGAUCCCACUGCAGCUGUCAAGCAUCGUCAACUAUCAAGCAUAUCGCGACGAGCUGAAAAAGGGACUGGCCUUGGCCCCACAGCCGAAAAUGUUGCCAAGGAUGAAAUUCACGUGGAGUUCCCCUCAUGAUCCGGCGCAGUCUCGAGCCUGCAAGGCCCCGCGCCAUCAUGCGCGAGAUCACAUCCACAUCGUCAUGGAAACUAAGGUUGAAACUAAGGUUGAGACAGCAUCUGGUGCAACGCUGGAUCUCCAUCGGGAGGGUGAUAAAGUACUUGAGGCUUUUAACUCGGAUGGAUAUGUUAUAUUCAAGGGCGCUGCCGAGACUGAUUCUAUGGAGGAGGCUAUAGACAACAGGCCCGUUCGUCAUUUCCUUGCCGCAACGGGCUCCGACUUCAGGUGCAUAAAGUGUCGACAUAUUGUCAAUUCUGUAAUUGAGAAGUCCGCGAUCGACCGCUCACCUCAGUGGGAAAUGCUAUCAGAGAAGGUAGAGGUCAUUGCUGUGACCUGCUUUCACCUUCUCGGCGACGAUAGUUCGUGUUGGGAAUGGGAAUACGACACAGGCGGCCGGGGGAAAGCGCUUGGGCGAACGAAGGCUGUCAGCGCCAGUGGUAGAGACGUGAUCAUGUGCAAUGGUUGGCUAGCGAACCGGUUCCCAAAAUCGAAGGGCAAAAAGAUAGACCUAUAUCAACUGAACUACCUUCGGACAAAUUACAAUUGGAUGUGA